AUGUACCCGAAUCCAGCCUAUUUCUAUUCCCCAUCUCCCGGUCCAGCUCCAUAUCCCGGUCCAACCCCUUAUCCUGGUCCGACCCAUUAUCCUUCUCCUUACCCCCCAUACUCCCCAUACGGCUCUUUCGGUAGUUUCGGCAAUAUAAACUCAUAUCCACCCGGACCUAGUGCUCCGGGAUUACCAGGAAUGCCAGGUGGUAUACCCAUCGGUUCAGCUCCACCCAUGCCAGCAUCCAUUGCUGCUCAAUUACAAGGUCAUGCUCCAUCACCUGGGAAACCAAAUGCCGGUAAAGGAAAAGAUACAGGUGAACAUACUGUCAAUAUCGGAGGAGGAGGAGUUGGACGACGUGAUAUUCCUCAUUUAUCAGAAGCAGAGUUGAUAGCCAAUUACGCAUCGUUGGAAUUGAAUGAAGUUCGUAGUGUGGCGGAAUGGGCAACGAAUGGAGAUCCUUAUUCUCAAGUCGAUUAUACGACUUAUAUGCAGUUGUGGGAUUGGUGUAAGAGCGAUGAGAAACGAAAAAUCAUUCUUGGUAUUCUCAAAUCAAGACUCAAACUUCCCCCUCCAUACAGUCACAAAGCUCUGGUCCUCACUCAACUCCUACCAGCUUCUGAUUUACCACAACUAGCAUCCGAACUUCGUCCUCUAUCAAAACCUCCCCCUGAUCCAAAACCAGGUGAUCUACCAGCACCCAAUAACCCAUUCAUUACUUCCCUCGGCGCAUCUCUCCUCGCUCAAGCAGAAAAAGAACAAGCAGCCGUUACAGCUGCUAAGAAAGCAGCAGAUGAGAAGAAGAAAUAUGAAUGGUGGACUAAUCUUUACGGUAAACCUGAAGGAGGAGCUUCGAUGCCGCCUCUACCUCCACCGAUCGAGUGGGGUUUAUGGGCGUUUGGAAGACCUCCGGUCGGAGCGGAGGAAUGGUGGAAAAAGUGA